AUGGUUAAGUCAGAUCAGAAGUUUCGAAGCGGGGCAGAAGUUGUUGGUAAUUAUAUUUACAAAUGGAAAUUAUUUGACAACACAGGCUUGUUGAGCGCUAGCGCCAUGGGACUCUGGCACGGUGUGGAAUAUUACGAGAAAGAGAAAAUCGUUUUAAGAGACAAUGCAGUGCAGUGGUACGGCUGGUCAUUUUACCUUGCCUGGCUGGGGGUGGCCACGUGUUUAGGCACGAUGACGCUAUUCCUGAUCGCGGCAUCCUGCCUGCGGCGGGAACAUGCUCGCGAGCAGGCACAGAACGUCCUGAAGGACAACUCACUAAUCUCGUACGACUGGUCGUACGUGGUCGCUUGGGUCGGCGUCGGUUGGUCGUUGGUCAGCGCGAUCUUGUUUAGCGCCGCGGCGAUUUGCUUGAGGGGCGAGAGAAUGCGCGAGGAAGCGAUGAACAUGCAGUACCUCAUGCCUGUAUAUCCUCAGAAGCAACAAUACGCUUAUGCCGGUUACCCAGCACCGGCCGCAUAUCCAGGACCUUACUAUCAUGGAUCGCAGUACGGACCGUACAACUAUUGA